UUGCCGAGCGCACAUUACUAUUUUCAGGCACACAAGGCACCUCUUGACGGGUUUUCAAUAAGUCAAGAGGGCGGCGGUGCGAGGGAGCUGCUUUUUUUCCUUUUUUCAUUGAUAUUUUACGUGCGGUAGAUGCCGAAAUUGUAGUGGCCUCUGUGUGCGCGCGUGAUAAAACAUACGAUGCUGGAAGACGUAUCGGUGUGGCUUAAGGCCUGACGGUCCGUCGGUCGUUCCGGCAAAAAUGAAAGAAGCUCGUCGGUCCGAGCAGCUGAUGGCGGCCGAGUGCUGUUCGAGCCUCUGUGUCGUCUCCCAUCGUGGCGUUUAAGUGAGUGCGUGCGUUUUUGCUGCGCGUAACGAAGUGCGGCUACCGCGUGCGCUGGAGGAAAGAUCAUCCCCUGUGGAAGAUAGAUAUUCGCGGGGUGCGUGUACCGCUUCCGAGUUCGAGCGACCAACUAUUUCGUAACGGUGCUUCUCUUCUCUCGCUGCUCUCGGUACCCGACACGCAGGCAGGCACGACACGGUAAAGCCUGCAACCGCGGCGGUUCCACAGUGAUACGGGGCCCCGUGAAUCGAAAUACUCGCGAUCGAGGAACGGAACGACGGAAGCGAGAGUCCCACGGGUCCUGGAAGUUUCAGGAACAUCUGAACAGUAGGUUAAUCGUGCCCGGACACACCACGUGCAGUUUUCGUAAUUUGGUGCAGUGUCGCUUUUGUUCCUUUGUGAGUGAAUGAGUUGUCCCUCGUCGACGCGGAAUGCGGCCUCCUCGGGGUGGACGCAGUCCUCUUUAAUUGCGUCCAACGCUGGAAAACCACAGCCAAGGAACGAACGUACAUCUCCCUCCAGUUCUCUUAGUGCCUCUGUUAAUACCAACAUGUCGUCAGGGACUUUUGUGGACCGGAUAGAUCCCUUCGCCAAGAGAUCUCUGAAAAAGAAGUCCAAGAAGUCUGAGGGAUCGUCUCGCUAUCGUAACUCUCAAGACAUUGAGCUUCAACAGUUGCCACAGCUCAAAGAUGCCACGCCGUCGGAACAAGAAGAUUUGUUCAUUAGAAAGCUUCGACAAUGCUGCGUGACCUUUGACUUUUUGGAUCCGAUGGCUGAUCUUAAGGGCAAAGAAGUUAAACGUAGUACGCUCAAUGAACUGGUUGAAUACAUCACUACUGGACGAGGCGUUCUUACCGAGCCUGUCUACCCAGAAAUUAUUAAAAUGAUUUCUGCAAAUCUGUUUCGCACAUUGCCACCAAGCGAAAAUCCUGAUUUCGAUCCAGAGGAGGAUGAUCCAACACUGGAGUUGAGCUGGCCCCACCUUCAGCUAGUUUAUGAAUUCUUUCUACGUUUUCUUGAAUCUUCAGAUUUCCAACCUACGGUUGGCAAAAAAGUCAUUGACCAAAAAUUUGUUUUACAGUUACUGGAAUUGUUUGAUUCAGAAGACCCUAGGGAAAGAGAUUUGCUGAAAACUGUUUUGCAUCGUAUUUAUGGGAAGUUCCUUGGCCUUAGAGCCUUCAUACGCAAACAAAUAAACAACAUUUUUUUGAGGUUUGUAUAUGAAACUGAGCAUUUCAAUGGAGUCGGCGAACUUCUGGAAAUUCUGGGUAGCAUUAUCAAUGGAUUUGCCCUUCCUUUAAAAAUCGAGCACAAGCAAUUUUUGGUUAAGGUGCUGCUACCAUUGCAUAAGGUGAAGUGCGUAUCAUUAUACCACGCGCAGUUAGCUUAUUGUGUGGUACAGUUUCUUGAAAAAGAUGCAACUCUAACGGAACCAGUUAUACGAGGCCUCCUUAAAUUCUGGCCUAAAACAUGUAGCCAGAAGGAGGUAAUGUUCCUUGGUGAAAUUGAAGAAAUUUUGGACGUUAUAGAACCUAGCCAAUUUGUUAAAAUACAAGAACCCUUGUUCAGGCAGAUCGCACGUUGUGUAUCUUCGCCACACUUUCAGAUAGCUGAGAGAGCAUUGUACUUUUGGAAUAACGAGUACAUAAUGUCUCUAAUCGAAGAAAACAAUCAUGUAAUAAUGGGAAUCAUGUUCCCGGCAUUGUAUAGAAUUAGCAAGGAACACUGGAAUCAGACGAUCAUAGCGCUUGUUUAUAACGUUCUUAAAACAUUUAUGGAAAUGAAUAGCAAGCUCUUCGAUGAACUUACUGCCAGCUAUAAGUCUGAAAGGCAAAAAGAAAAGAAGAGAGAAAAGGAAAGGGAAGAACUGUGGAAGAAACUGAAUGAAUUGGAAGUAGAACGACGUAAUGCUCUGACAGCUUCAUCCAACACUUCAGUUCCUGUCACUACUGCACCUGCGACACGUGCCCGCCCUUGAGCUGGUGGAAGUACAUUACCACGCUGCCCGAUCAUUAGUUCUUAGUUUACGUCGAUUGUCCAUACACUACAUGCAAAAAUUACUGUUGUUAGUGAAGGAAAGUGUCUCACAAUGACAUUCUUUGGCGUAAUGUAACUCCUUUCGUUAGUUAUGCCUGUCGAGGUGAAACGGAGAAGAAGAAAAAAACACACGAACGAAGGAAGCAGUAAUCACAAUUUUCUUCUUGAUGAUGAUUGAUGAGUUCUAAUAUUUUUAUUGUGUACAUUAAUUUCCAAUUUUCUUUUUUCCUUUUUUCUUUGAUAGCAAUGAUUUAAGUUGUAUAAUGUACUCAGUGUCAGCACAUAGUACGAGGAUGUUAGCCCCUUCUUAAAAAAAAAAAGAGUUCAGCUGUGCUCGGUAGGAGGAGAUGAUCAAAGUGUAAAUUACAAGUAGACGAAAUGUAUCCUUAUAACAUUGAGUUUUGCAUGUGACAUUCGCUUCGGUUAUUACACGGCUAAUGUCUUCUAAUGACUGACCCUCCUUACACUGAUUCUCGCCUUCGACGGAGCCAGCGGGGGCGUUGUUUGAAAUGUAUCAUAUAUUCGUAUUAUUGAUAAUGAUAA